CGCAGUCGACAGGAGGGAGGGGGUCGACGAAGCUGAAGAAAGAUGCGGCGCGACGAGAAAAAGGCAGCCACGGAACGCUGACAUAAUCGCGGCGGACCGCCCAAAUUUGACCUCCGCGACAGUCAGUUUGGGACGCUUCAACCAGCCCAAUAAUUCCACCGUCUCUGCCCCGUCCAUAUCCUCCGCCACAUAUUCUCCUCGUCCGGGUGCCAAACCAAGACCAUGUCCCUCAGCACUCCCCUCCGCCGCAGCGCGGCCACCACCGCCCGCGUCCAGACCUCCACAACCUUCAUCUGCUCGCAAUGCCGGCAUGCUACGCUCCUCCGCCGUCCCAAGCGGCCCUACCAGUUCACCCAAUUGAUCACCCUGACCGACGGCAGUACCUUCACUCACCGUACCUCCUCUCCCGCCCCAAUCUACCGCACCACCCGUGACACCCGCAACGCGCUGCUCUGGAACCCGUCUUCAAACAAGCUGAAGAACAUCGAGGACGACGAGGCCGGUCGGCUGGCGGCUUUCCGAGCAAAGUUCGGUCGCAUCUGGGAUGCGAACACGCCUGUGAAUGAAGACGCAGAUAAUAAGGACGGCGAGUCGGCCGAGAGCAAGAAGGCGGCGGCUGCUGCGGAGGCCGCCGCUGCCCAGGAGGAGGAGGACAAUCUGCUGGAUUUGAUCAGUUCGUUUGGGCAGGAGGAGCAGGGUUCGAAGAAGAAGAACUAAUUGGACCGAUUGAUUGAUUGAUUGAUUGAUUGAUUGGAUAGGAUUGGGUUUGGGUAGGGGGUUAGAAGGGUUCUAUUGAUUUUUUUUUAUCAUAUUUUCGCUCGAUGUUGUGAUACGAUACAGAUCUUGUUGGGCUCUUUUAUGUACAGUACAAUCAUACCAUUUGAAUGGAGUUUCAGCAUUGGUGGUUCCAGCUCCAGGGCCAUAUGCAUACAGUCUUCUA